GCGCGGGCUACAUAGAGUAGUAGGAGCGCAGGCACGAUUUAUCUCUCAGUACCUAGCAGAAACUGCGCCAGCCGGUGCUAGACAAACGAUUUGACCUUCAGCGAACCGGAGAGUUGAUCUCUACCAUUCAGACGUUUUCACAAUAACCACAUCGGACUAGAAUCGUAUCAUUUUACCGCAUCUGCUCGUUUUCUUUCGUAAACACAGUUUUAUUUGUUAGCGAGUGGUGGCCACGUCCUUGAUUUUUUUUUUUUCUGACCUCGCGGUUUGGAAAAACCUAACAUUCUGAGUGGUUUUACCCAGGAAUGGAUAGUGGAGUUGUCACUGAAAAGAAAAGGGUGAGCUCGGAGCGCAGGAAGGAGAAGUCCAGGGAUGCAGCGCGAUCUCGCAGGGGAAAGGAGUCUGAGGUGUUCUAUGAAUUAGCACACCAGCUCCCUCUGCCACACAAUGUCACCUCCCACCUGGACAAAGCCUCCAUCAUGAGGCUGACCAUCAGCUACCUGCGCAUGAGGAAGCUGCUGAGCUCUGAUGAAGAAGAGAAGGAGAAUGAGGAGGAGAGUCAGCUGAACAGCUUUUAUCUGAAGGCCUUGGAGGGUUUCCUCAUGGUCCUGUCUGAAGAUGGAGACAUGGUUUAUCUCUCUGAGAAUGUCACCAAAAGCAUGGGCCUCACACAGUUUGAUCUGACUGGUCACAGCAUCUUUGAAUUUUCACACCCAUGUGACCAUGAGGAGCUGCGAGAGAUGCUGGUCCAUAAGACCGGAUCCAAAAAGACCAAGGAACAAAAUACUGAGCGCAGCUUCUUCCUGCGUAUGAAGUGCACGCUCACUAGCAGAGGGCGGACUGUCAAUAUCAAGUCUGCUACAUGGAAGGUUCUUCACUGCGCUGGUCACGUCCGUGUGCAGGAGCGCAGCGAGGAUUCAGGAGACUCUGGCUUUAAAGAGCCUCCUCUGACCUACCUUGUGCUCAUCUGUGAGCCCAUUCCUCAUCCCUCGAACAUUGAGGUGCCUCUGGACAGCAAGACCUUUCUUAGCCGCCACACUCUGGACAUGAAGUUCUCGUACUGUGAUGAAAGGAUCACAGAGCUGAUGGGAUAUGAGCCAGAUGAUCUCCUGAACAGAUCUGUGUACGAAUACUAUCAUGCCCUGGAUUCAGAUCACCUCACCAAGACACAUCACAACUUGUUCGCCAAGGGCCAGGCCACCACAGGCCAGUACCGCAUGCUGGCUAAGAAAGGUGGUUUUGUGUGGGUGGAGACUCAGGCCACUGUUAUCUACAACCCCAAGAAUUCUCAGCCGCAGUGCAUUGUGUGCGUCAACUUCGUUCUCAGUGGCAUUGUGGAGGGGGAUGUUGUCCUGUCCUUGCAGCAGACUGUGACAGAACCUGAGGCUGAGGAGAAAGAGAACAAGGAGAUAGAAGAUGAGGCCUCUGAGGUGGACAUACUCAAACUCUUCAAGCCAGAAAACCUCAAGUGUCCCAUAAAGAGCUCUGAACUUUAUGAGAAGCUGAAAGGGAAGCCUGAAGCUCUUACUGUGUUGGCGCCUGCUGCAGGAGACACCAUCAUCUCUCUGGACUUCAACAACUCAGAUUCUGACAUGCAGCUGCUGAAGGAGGUGCCCCUCUACAAUGAUGUCAUGCUGCCCUCCAGCAGCGAGAAGCUGCCCAUCAGUCUGUCUCCUCUGACCCCCCUUGACUCCACCCCAGUCCUGACCAAACUAGAGACCGGAGCGGAGGACUUCCCUUUCUGCUCUGCUUCUGAUCGUGGUCCAGACUCCACAAACUCAUCUUCCACAUCUGGACUGGGCUCCUCGAGGCCCAACAGCCCCAUGGAAUACUGUUUCCAAGUAGACUCAGACAUCAGUUCUGAAUUCAAACUGGACCUGGUUGAGAAACUGUUUGCUAUUGAUACCGAGGCAAAGACCCCUUUUAGCUCCCAGGCCAUGGAGGAUCUCGACCUAGAGAUGCUGGCUCCAUACAUCCCAAUGGAUGAUGACUUCCAGCUGCAUAUCCCCUCUAAACUGGAUCCGCUCCCCUCUGGCCCUCACUCUGUGUCCGCCAUGAGCUCCCUGUUCCAACCCUUACCCUCCCCUACAUCUCCAGCCUCUUCCUCCAGCAGCGUAGUGAAGCAGGAGCCGUCAUCCCAGGCCCCUUCACCCCUGCACCUGCUGCAGGAGGUGUGCAGUGCCCCUGUGUCACCCUUCAGCGGCAGUCGCGAUGUUUCCCCUGCUCGGUCUCCCACCCCACAGAACAGCAAUCAGCUCAACAACAGAGAGCUGUCACCAAAGAUGCUAGCCAUCCAGAAUGCUCAACGUAAGAGGAAGUUGGAGGAAGUGACAUCACUUUGUGAGGCUGUUGGACUGGGUGCUUUGCUUCAGAGUGUGGACAGUGUUGUCGAACCUGGAAAGAGGGCAAAGGUUUUAGAGGUUAAAGGAUCGAGUAUGCUUGGAGGAAAUAAAACCAUUCUCAUACUGCCCUCUGAUGUGGCCAGUCGCCUGUUGUGCAGUUCUUUAGAGAGCAGCCAUGGGCUGCCUCAGCUAACACGUUACGACUGCGAAGUCAACGCUCCCGUGCAGGACCGCCAUCAUCUCCUGCAGGGAGAGGAGCUCCUGCGUGCUCUGGACCAAGUCAACUGAGCUUUGCUGUGUUAAGCAAUUCUGGACACUGCAUCCCCAUCUCUGCCCACUGCCCCCUGGAUCCCUGAAAUCAGCUUCCAGUUUUUCUCCUUUUAUUCCAAGCCCUAAUAUCAAGCCCUCUAUAAACCCCAGUGUAUUAAAAAUGUACUAGAUGACCUGCACCUUUUAUUUUUUUCACCAGUGAUGUGGAGAGGAGCCCAGAGGGAGUCCAUCCAUCCCAGUGUGUAGAGGGCCUGGAGACAGAGGAGUGUAAUAUAACUUAACAGUGGCAGCAACCAGACAAGUGUUAAGAGCCUUAAUGUUAAAUGCACACUGAUGCACAGAUGCUUACACCUACAAUCUCUCGCACUCCCUCUGGAUUCCCUGUUUUCACCUAAAAAUAAAUCCCCGUGGUGUUUUAUCCUCUUCCCCAAAGCGUGUGUAUUGUAGCUACAGUCGCACAAUCUAUUUUCUUAAGAUAAAAUACCAGCAGUCCAUGCAAUAUAUGAAACCAUUUUUAUGAAUAUGUACUUUUAAUGAAAGAUUGAACAAUUUAUUUUCAAGAGUUUUGUUGUGUAGCGGUUAUGUGAGUUGUGUGUGUGCACUCAUAGCCUCAGUGGUUAAACGCUGUCGGAUAUUUAUGAGUGUUGCUUUCAUUGCAAUGGUAUUUGCUUAUUUCACUAAGUUUUCUCUUGAACAGUACAGAUGAAUUGCAAAAGAGCCAUUGAAAGUAAUGAUGGAGAAUGUGCAAAAAAGGGAAUUCAAAAUCAUGAUGUGGUGUUCUCAUGAUGGUUUUUGUCUCAAAGAGGUUGAAACAGAUUUAUAGUUUAAUUAUGCAAUGGAUUUUUAUAUUUUUCUGUUUAGUUCUGGACGUGGUAGAUGCUUAAUGUAAUUCAUGCUUAAUGAGCUGUUUUAGAUCAUACAAAAAGCUGAUGUAUCAUUUAUCCCAGUUUUACAGGUAUUUAUAAUGGCAUUAGAACAUGAAUGCUUAGUUUAGUUCAGAUGAAUGUUAGCCUUUUGACAACGUCCUGCAAUUAUUUUAUGAGCUUUUAUCUUGUUUUUCAAUAGGAAAGACAUAUUAUUUUAUGUUACUGUAAUCUUCAUUUAUCUCUGCAGACUUCUCCUUUAUUCUCUUAACACUAAAUGUUUUGUUUAUUGCAUAAUCAGUAAAAGACAAUUGUGGACCAGAA